UUGUCCCCGAUCAAUUAUACCAGAACCUCCGAGAGAAAAGGAAAGGCAGCAACAUCACCGCGCUUCUCACACACAAUGCCGCCGUUCGUCUCCUCCCUCACCCUCCGCACGCUGCGGACCAUCAUCCAGCGUCCUGCGUUCACUGCUAUCGCCGCCCCCAAGCCCUCAUACUCCAUCCCCCGGUUCCAGCCCGUCCUCCGCACACCCACGGCCGUCGCUGCCGCUACCACUCCCAGCCUUGCUAUCCGCCAGUUCUCGACCUCCCCGUUCCGCCAGGCUACCUAUAAUCAAGUUCGUCGCGGAUGCCGGGUUGCUCAGCGGGCGCGUCGUGCCCGGUCCCCGGCGCUGAAGGACAGGCCUGAGAUGAAGGGUGUGUGUUUGAAGACGGGUAUUACGAAGCCAAAGAAGCCCAACUCUGGUGAGAGGAAGACGGCAAGAGUACGGUUGAGUAGUGGCAAGGUGGUUACGGCUUAUAUUCCUGGUGAAGGCCAUAACGUGCAGCAGCACAGUGUUGUUCUUGUUCGUGGUGGACGUGCUCAGGAUUGUCCUGGUGUGAAGUAUCAUUUGGUCCGUGGUGCGAUGGAUUUGGGUGGUGUUGCCAAUCGGUUGACCAGCAGAUCGAAAUAUGGAACUAAGAAGCCGAAGAGGGAUUAAUUGAUCGAGGCUGGAGAGAUACCCUGACUAGGCCGAUGGGCGAGAAGCCGAUGUUCAGAUGCUUGUAUUCUACUAUCUACUUGGGUUUGUCAAACGAACUCUUAUCGUCGUCAUCGUUAUAAAAUAGCUAUGUACAUUUAUGAUGGAACUUUAUAUUGAACGGGUUAUUUUCGCUUUUCCCUCAAGCCAAAACAUAGUGUGGUAAUUGCCCUGCUGUAACCUUAGCGCUUCAUGAAUAUGCACAAUCACUCCCUAAAACCAAGUAAAGAAGAUGAUGAAAUAUCCUUAUAAUAAGACACAUGACACCGCGGAAAUACGAACAUAAAGGAAAAAGAGGAAGAAGACGAGGGCCGAAAUAGCCAAUGCCCAGCAUCUACAGUUGGAACAAAAUGGCCAGGUGGAUCUUCUUAUCGUUUAAGAUAGGUCUCCCGUAUGGCGGCGGUUCGCUCAAGUAGCGUAAGUCCGCCAUGGACCGCUCGUGCUCGAACCUUGUUACUGAUU